UUCCCGCUCAAAUUCAAAAGCAAAGAAAAAACCCCCAAAAUGUCGUUCUAGGGUUUCCCACAAAAAAAUAAUCAAUUUCCGAUUUCUCUCAUUCCUUCUCAUGCCAUUUCACUCGUUUCUCUCUCUCCGAUACUCUGCAUCAUCACGGAGAAUACAAUUUCGCCGUCUUCGUCAAUCAAAUCCAACUCGUUGCAGAAACCCUAAUUCCAAGAAAAUGAGCUCUCCAAUGGAGAUUUCAGUUUCAAAACCUGAAUCCACUGAAACUGUAGCUGAAACUGAAACCAUUAAAAUCGCAAAUGGUGUCGUUUUGGAGUCAAAUGUUCCUGCUCAGACUCAGAUGAUUCCAAAACACUCCCCCCCUCCCCCUCCUCUUCCUUCCGUUGCUUCCGAAGUAGCUGCUUCUCCUUCUCUUCCCGACGACAAAUUCCUCGUCUCAGUUGAAGUAUGCUUGAAACCUUCCAGUACAGCUCGAUUAGAUGAUGUUCGCACUUGUGUUGAAAGAAUGCUAGAGACAAGAUGUUUGAGUUACAGCAAUGGCCCUGUUCCUAUACCUAAGGAUGACCAAUGUCUUGUGGAAAAUGUGCAGAGUAUUUGUAUAUGUGAUACAGAUGAGUGGGUGAAGAAUGGUGAAGUUAUUUUAUUCUGGCAGGUCAAACCACUUGUGCAUGUGUAUCAGCUUAGUGAGGAGGGGCCUUGCGAGGAAUUAGGAGGAGAUGGUCAAAAUUCCAGCUUUAAUGAAUGGACUCUUCCAGCUAAAGAGUUUGAUGGAAUGUGGGAAAGCUUGAUCUUCGAAUCUGGACUGAAGGAAAGAUUGUUGCGAUAUGCAGCGAGCGCAUUGCUUUUUAGUGAAAAGGGUGUUAAUCCGUUCCUUGUGUCUUGGAAUCGAAUCAUUCUUCUACACGGACCCCCAGGUACUGGUAAAACAUCAUUGUGUAAAGCAUUGGCUCAGAAGCUGUCAAUUCGGUUCAGCUCCAGAUAUCCACAGUCCCAGUUGAUUGAAGUUAAUGCUCAUUCUUUGUUCAGCAAAUGGUUUUCAGAAAGUGGCAAAUUGGUUGCUAAACUGUUCCAAAGUAUUCAAGAGAUGGUUGAGGAUGAAAACAAUCUGGUGUUUGUCUUGAUCGAUGAAGUUGAAAGUCUUGCAGCUGCUAGAAAUGCGGCCUUGUCGGGUUCUGAGCCGUCUGAUUCGAUCAGGGUUGUGAAUGCUCUACUUACCCAGUUGGACAAAUUGAAAAGCUCACCAAAUGUUAUAAUCAUGACAACAUCCAAUAUUACAGCAGCUAUAGAUAUUGCUUUUGUUGAUAGGGCAGAUAUCAAAGCUUAUGUGGGUCCUCCAACCUUACAAGCUCGUUAUGAAAUACUAAGAUCCUGCUUGCAUGAACUUCUAAGAAGUGGAAUACUGAAGAAUUUGAAGGAUAAAGCCCUCGAUAUUCUGACUUUCCCUAAUCUCAAGGAAAAGUUACAGUCAAGUGAAAUGCAAGAGGCUGAAGCUUCAUUAACAAUGUCUAGACAAUUGUUUGAAGUUGCAGAAGCAUGUGAUGGUUUGAGUGGAAGAUCGUUGAGAAAGCUUCCAUUUUUGGCACACGCAGCUGUAGCUCAUACCUUCAACUGUGAUCCUGUCAAGUUUUUGUGCACAAUGAUUGAUACAGCUAAAAGAGAGUGUUCUGAGAUACCAGACUGAAUUUUGGUGUAAUUUUGUAUCAGAAUUUUGUUGUACCAAAGUUGAAAAAAAGGAGGGCUUGGGGGUUGUUUCCCUUGUAGCAGUAGGGGUCUUUGUCUUUUUACCAUCACAUCCGUUGAGUAGUUUUUCACUUUAUCUAGCUCUACUAAAAAAUGCGAGGAAGAUAAUUAGUGUGGUUAAAUGAUUUUGUACAGAAUUGGAUCAUGCAAAAUUGCAAAUGAAAUUACAAUUAGGAAACCUUCCUCCA